CAGGGAAUAACAACUCUCUCUCUCUCUAUCUCUCGCUCUCUGAGAUUUUCACACCAACUCUCACUUCUUUCGCUCUCCCCGUCUCUCUCCGUGAUUUUGUAGUUUGGGAUUGUUUGUUAUUUGUUUCUGAUACAAUUGUACAGAGUAGAGGUAGGGGGCGGCCAUGGAUGACUCUCAAGCAUCUGCUUCAGCAUCACAAGAAGAGUCAGAGGCACAACCGCAGGCAGAUGCCGCAGCGGCAGUGGAAGAACAGCGGGAAGAGCCCUCCGGGAACGAAGAAGCCGCCGGCGGAGGUGGCAGCGGCGCCGACGAUGACGACGACGAGGAGAACUUGUUCUCGAAGUCGCAGAAACUGAUGGAUAAGAUCACGUCGUCCCGAGAUAACCCUAAUCCCGACGUCCUACACGCCCUCUCUUCAAUUCUUGAGACGCAAGAGUCCAGAUACAUGGAAGAGACAGGUCAUUCCUCCCUGAUUAAUGGACGAGCUACUUAUGACAUUGGACGGCUGGGAAACUUAGUCAGGGAGAACGAUGAAUUCUUUGAAUUGGUAUCUUCGAAGUUUCUUUUUGAAACUAGAUACCCAAUCUCCAUUCAGGCAGCUUCUACAAGGCUACUUUUCAUAUGUUCACUGACUUGGACAUAUCCCCAUGUUUUUGAAGAAACUGUUUUGGAGAAUAUAAAGAAUUGGGUUAUGGAUGAGGCUGUAUUUCCUGGCGAUUUCCGCAACUUGAAGUAUGAUUUAGGAAGGAAGAAGUCUUCUGAUUAUGAAAUGUUAAAGACAUAUUCUACUGGACUUCUUGCUGUAUGUUUGGCUGGUGGUGGUCAAGUGGUUGAAGAUGUGUUAACCUCUGGCUUGUCUGCCAAGCUUAUGCGUUAUCUUCGUUCCCGGGUCCUGGGGGAGACAAGUACAAGCCAAAAAGAUUCUGGCUAUGUAAUGGAGACCAAAAGUUCAGCAGGCAUUUCUUCCUUAAGGGCUAAAGAAGAAGGGCGGACCAGGGUCCGGCAGGUCUUGGAAGCAACCCAUUUAGAUGAUCCAAGGAUAUUAGCAGAGGGAUCUGUAGGUGAUCAAAGUGUUGAAAGGGAUCAUGAAAUAAGCAUUGGCCGGCAUGCACGUGGAGAAGAAUGCUGGGUGGAUGGUGCAGAAUCACUUGAUGGUUUGGCUGAAGGGGUUGAUGUUUAUGACAUGGAUGCUGAUGGAGAAGACAGGAGGCAUGGUCGAGACUUACGUGAUGGGAAGGCAAAAACUGGAGAUCUUGAUGAGAAUUUAAGAGAUGAUUUGAGGCGAAGGCCGAGCAGAGGAUGGGGACGAUUUAGAGGAAAGGGACGGGUUAAUGAAGGGGUUGCAGAAAAUGAGCAGGCUUUGACUUCUCCUAGUUCUGGAGGCCGACUAGGACAUGGGAGGAGUGCUAGAGACCAGAGUUCGUUAAAAAAUUUAGAUGUUAAGAAAAUAGCGGAUGCCAGAAAAUGUUUAGGCAGGAGCAAUGCUGAUGGUUAUACUGUGGAAAGAGAAGAUAAUGAUGACUGCUUCCAAGAAUGCAAAGUUGGCACCAAGGACAUCUCUGACCUGGUAAAGAAAGCUGUCAGAGCUGCUGAAGCUGAAGCCAGAGAAGCUAGUGCCCCUGCAGAAGCCAUCAAAGCAGCUGGUGAUGCUGCGGCUGAAGUUGUUAGAAGUGCUGCUUCAGAGGAAUUCCGAACAACAAAUGAUGAAGAAGCUGCUGUGUUGGCUGCUUCUAGAGCUGCAUCUACUGUCAUUGAUGCUGCUACUGCCAUAGAAGUUUCAAGGAGCUUCAACAACAUCAUUGCUGAUUCAAUGAAUGUAACAGAUACAGAACCAAAAACAAGUGAGGUGGUUGAGGAAUUCUUCAUCCUGGAUGGCGAUUCCCUUGCACAGCUCAGAGAAAAAUUUUGCAUUCAAUGCCUUGUGAUACUUGGUGAAUAUGUUGAAGUUCUUGGGCCUGUAUUGCAUGAAAAGGGGGUGGAUGUCUGUCUUGCACUAUUGCAACGAAGUUCCAAACCUCAAGAGGCAUCAAAAGUUGGAAUGCUCUUGCCUGAUGUGUUGAAGCUAAUAUGUGCUUUGGCUGCUCACCGGAAAUUUGCUUCUUUAUUUGUGGAUAGAGGUGGCAUGCAAAAACUGCUUGCUGUCCCUAGAGUUGCUCAGACUUACUUUGGUCUUUCUUCUUGCUUAUUUUCUAUUGGUUCUCUUCAGGGAAUUAUGGAACGUGUGUGUGCUCUUCCUUCCGAUGUGGUCCAUCAGGUGGUUGAGCUGGCUCUCCAUCUCUUGGAGUGCCCCCAGGAUCAAGCAAGGAAAAAUGCUGCUUUAUUUUUUGCAGCUGCAUUUGUAUUCAGAGCAAUUAUUGAUUCUUUUGAUGCUCAGGAUGGUUUGCAGAAAUUACUGAGCCUUUUAAAUGAUGCUGCCUCAGUAAGAUCUGGAGUAAAUUCUGGAGCAUUAGGCUUGUCUUCUUCUGGGUCGCUCAGAAAUGAUCGAUCACCUGCUGAAGUGCUAACAUCAUCAGAGAAGCAGAUUGCUUAUCACACCUGUGUAGCUCUGCGGCAAUAUUUCAGGGCGCAUCUUCUUUUGCUUGUUGAUUCUAUUCGACCAAAUAAAAACAGUCGAAGUGCAGCUCGAAAUAUUCCAAGUGUAAGGGCAGCCUACAAGCCACUUGAUAUUAGUAAUGAGGCUAUUGAUGCAGUAUUUAUCCAGUUACAAAAGGAUCGGAAGCUUGGUCCUGCAUUUGUAAGGGCUCGGUGGCCAGUGGUUGACAAAUUUUUAGGCUCUAAUGGACAUAUUACCAUGUUGGAGUUGUGUCAGGCUCCACCUGUCGAGCGUUAUUUGCAUGAUCUACUUCAGUACGCAUUAGGUGUUCUGCACAUUGUUACAUUGGUACCUUACAGCCGCAAGCUGGUUGUAAAUUCCACAUUAAGCAGCGAUCGUGUAGGUAUAGCAGUCAUUUUAGAUGCAGCAAAUUGUGCUAGUUAUGUGGACCCUGAGAUAAUUCAGCCUGCAUUAAACGUGUUAGUCAAUCUCGUUUGCCCCCCUCCUUCAAUAAGCAAUAAACCAUCUCUUGUACAGAGUCAGCAGUCUGUUUCUGUUCAAGCUUCAAAUGGAGCUGCUGUGGAGGCUAGAGAUAGAAAUGCUGAACGAAAUAUGUCAGACAGGGUUGUUUCCAUGCCUGGUCACAGUGAACAAAGGGAGCGUAAUGGGGAGUCUGGUGUGGUGGACCGAGGCAGCACAGUAGUGCUUGGGCAACCAUCCACUGCUAGUACUCCACAAACUCCUGCUCCUCCUGUAACUUCAGGAUUGGUUGGAGACCGUAGAAUAUCUUUAGGUGCUGGAGCUGGUUGUGCUGGCCUUGCUGCACAAUUGGAGCAAGGAUAUCGGCAUGCAAGAGAAGCUGUCCGUGCUAAUAAUGGAAUUAAAGUUCUUCUGCAUCUUCUCCAACCACGGAUAGUUUCACCUCCAGCUACUCUCGAUUGUCUUCGUGCUCUUGCAUGCCGAGUCCUGCUUGGUUUAGCCAGAGAUGAUACAAUUGCACACAUAUUGACAAAGCUUCAGGUUGGGAAAAAACUAUCAGAACUAAUUCGUGAUUCAGGCAACCAAACACCUGGAACUGAGCAAGGACGAUGGCAAGCUGAACUUGCACAAGCAGCAAUUGAGCUGAUGGGGAUUGUUACAAAUUCAGGGCGUGCAAGUACAUUAGCAGCUACUGAUGCUGCUACCCCUACGUUGAGGCGCAUAGAGAGAGCAGCUAUAGCUGCUGCCACACCUAUUACUUAUCAUUCCAGGGAGCUUUUACUCCUGAUACAUGAACACCUACAAGCAUCUGGUUUAGCCACAAGUGCUGCUACACUGCUAAAAGAGGCCCAGAUGGCGCCUUUGCCAUCCUUGGCAGCUCCAUUAUCUCUUGCUCACCAGGCUUCUGCACAAGAAAACUCACCAGUACAACUUCAGUGGCCAUUUGGUCGUACUCCUUGUGGUUUUCUCUCUGACAAAUCAAAGGUAGCUACAAGGGAUGAAGAUUUUGGAUCAAUGAAGUGUGAUUCGGCUGUGUCCUCUUCAAAGAAGAAGCCUCUUGUUUUCUCAUCUAGUCUCAGUUUUCAGUCUAGAAACCAAUCUCAACCCCAUGAUCCCCCCACACCAGUUGGAAGUACUUCAAACAAGUUUUCUGCAUCUGCUGGCUUGCCAGAAACUCCAUCAGUAACCACAUCGAAAUCUAAUUUGGAUAUGGAGUCCCUAUGUAAGACACCUAUCCUAUUGCCAAUGAAACGGAAGUUGAUGGAAUCGAAGGAUGGUGUUUUGGCCUCAUCAAAGAAGCGACUCAAUACUGGGGAACAUGGAUUUCGGUCUCCGGUAUACCCUACUCCCAUUACUGCACGUAAAAGUGGUCUAUCAUCUGAUGCAAUUGGAUUUUCUAUGCCAGCGUCUUCUCUUAGAGAGCCAUGUGGACGAUCAGUGCCAUGUAUUGCACUAACUGAUAGUUUGGAUGAUAACCAAUACGGACACUCUCAUGUGGGUCAGAUGACACCCACCUUCCUACUAGGGCUUCCAAAUGACCCACAUUCCAGCAACACAGAGCGGUUAACCUUGGACUCUCUCGUUGUUCAGUAUUUGAAACACCAGCAUCGCCAGUGCCCGGCUCCUAUAACCACGUUACCACCACUUUCUCUCUUGCAUCCACAUAUUUGUCCUGAACCAAGACGAAGCCUUGAUGCGCCGUUAAACGUAACAGCCCGACUUAGCACGCGUGAGUUCAGAAGCUUGUGUGGUGGGAUGCAUGGAUAUCGUAGGGAUCGCCAAUUUGUCUACAGCAGAUUCAAGCCAUGGCGAACUUGUCGGGAUGAUGGUGCCCUUUUGACUUGUCUGACAUUUCUUGGGAACUCAUCCCAUGUUGCAUCUGGCUGCCACUCUGGAGAGCUGAAAAUUUUUGAUUCCAACAGUAACAAUGUCCUGGAGAGCUGCACGAGCCACCAGUCUCCAUUAACACUUGUCCAGUCGUAUCUCUUUGGUGAGACCCAGUUAGUGCUUUCUUCUAGCUCCCAUGAUGUGCGAUUAUGGGAUGCAUCUUCAGUUUCAGAUGGACCCAGUCAUUCAUUUGACUGGUGCAAGUCUGCAAAAUUUAGCAAUUCUGGGACUACAUUUGCAGCUCUAUCAGCAGACCAAUCUCGUCGGGAAAUUCUCUUGUAUGAUGUUCAGACCUGUAAUUUGGAAUUGAAAUUGACAGACACAUCUUCAGUUUAUUCAGUACUAGGGCGGGGACAUGCAUAUUCCCAUGUGCACUUCAGUCCUUCAGACACAAUGCUGCUUUGGAAUGGGGUAUUAUGGGAUCGGCGUGGCUCUGGUCCUGUUCAUCGCUUUGAUCAAUUUACAGAUUAUGGGGGUGGCGGAUUUCAUCCUGCUGGGAAUGAGGUGAUUAUAAACUCUGAGGUCUGGGAUCUUCGAAAGUUCAGGUUGCUUCGAAGUGUACCUUCCUUGGACCAAACUGCUAUAACAUUUAAUGCUCGUGGAGAUGUUAUUUAUGCCAUUUUGAGGAGAAAUCUUGAGGAUAUUACCUCUGCAGUUCAUACCCGUCGUGUCAAACAUUCACUCUUUGCUGCUUUCCGCACGGUGGAUGCUGUCAACUACUCUGAUAUUGCCACUAUUCCUGUCGAUCGCUGUGUUCUUGAUUUUGCAACUGAACCAACCGAUUCCUUUGUUGGGUUGGUUACAAUGGAUGAUCAGGAGGAAAUGUUUUCUUCAGCCAGAGUUUAUGAAAUUGGUCGGCGGAGGCCAACUGAUGAUGACUCUGAUCCUGAUGAUGCUGAGAGUGAGGAAGAGGAUGAUGAUGAUGAAGAUGUUGAUGGAGAUCAAAUGCUAGGCCCCGACUUUGAUGGGGAUGGUGAAAGUGAUGCUGAUGAUAUGAGCAAUGACGAAGACAGUGUAAGCGACCUUGAAGAUGAUGAUGAUGAAGAUGAUGGGGACUUCAUGAUGGAUGUAGGAGGUGGGACAUUGGUGAUUGAAACAGAGAGUGAUGAGGACGAUAAUGAUAGCCAAGUGGCUGAAUCUUUUAGUAGCGGUGAUGAAGAGGAUUUUGCUGGCAAUGGUUAUGGCUUCUAAACGUCCGCAACAUUUUCUUUAUGGUCAGAUUUCCCGGUGAUGUAAUUAUUGUUUAUGGGUUUUUGGUUAUUUUUAGUGAGGGAGGGAGAGGGAGAGGGAGAGGUUAAAAUUCAUGUCCGCAUGUUAGGCUAUACAUUGCUUGAAUCCUUUUUUUCCCUCCCUACAUCAUAAUCAAUGUCAUGCCAUUCCUGAAUUGUUGUACAAUCUAGAGUAAUGUCAGUCUCUCAACCCAGUUUCAAAA